AUGAAAUUAUUGUUAUCCUUCACAUUAAUGUAUGAAGUAUUUAUAAUUUAGAGAAUUGUUUUGUGGAAAUAUAAUCAAAGGAACAGAAAAUGAAAGUGAAGAUAAUUAUUAAAUGGAUGAAGCUUUGUAAAAACAAUGCAAAGACAUUUAAUGCAAUAGUUAUACAAGUGUAUGAAUAAGAUAUCAAAUAUAUAGUGUAAUUCUUGUGAGUUUAAUAACUGUUGUUAAUUUAAUUUAGAAAAAAAUUUAUGUUUAAGACUUUUAAAGUUACCCUUUAAUUAUACAGAAUUAAUUGAUCGAAGCAAAGGAGAAUUAAAAAAUUUAUCUGAAUAUCCCGAUCCAUAGAUGAAUGUUACGUUCCCUAAAUGUAAUAUCGUUAAGGAAGUUCCUCUAUAUAAUGCUACAAAUUAUUUAUAUAAGCAUCAUGAUAUUUGUGGAGUACCAAAAUAUUGUCCAAAUUAAUCAUAUUAUGUUUCUGCUGAGUCUAAAAUUAUAUUUUAAAAUGUUAAAUAGUAAGUUGGUUAAGGAGAACUUUGUACAAUUUAUUUUUAAGGAAGAAUGGGGCCUGAAUUCUUAUUGUAAAUUGGAAUAGAAAAUUUAUCAUAAAUUGAAGUUAAUGCAGAUUUAAGUAUUUGUUUAUCUGUUGGACUAUUUGAUGACUUUCCUUGUAUAGAUUCUCUUUAAUAAAUGUAAAAUUAUGUUAGAAUUUGAGUUAAUUAACCAAGAGUCUUUAUUAUAGAAUAAGAGCAAAUUAAUUUAGAAUUACUUUAUAAUUCAAAGAUGAUGCAGAGAUAGAUUUUUCACAAAUUUUCUAUUAAAUUAUUAGCAUAUAAAAAUUGUAAUGAAUUAUCUUAAUAUUUAUAGAAGUUAAUAAAAUUAGCAAUAAUUAUUUUAAUUUAUAAUAAUUGUCCUAUUAACAAUACUAGGGAGUUUUUUUAUUAUGGCUUUGAUUAGAAUUAUCUUAAUAAGAAUUUUUGGAAGAAGGUUUGUUGAAUGGCUUGAUCCAGAACCAAUCUUUCCUUAAAGAAGAAGAAAUUUUAAUGUUUAAUUAGAAUUUGAAAAAUUAAAAUCUCAGAAUCUCAUUCAUUAGAUAAAAUAGAAUGAAAUGAAAUUUGAAUAAGAUAGAUGUGCUUAUUGUUUAGAGUCAUUUUAGACUGGAAUAAUCAUAGAAAUCUUUUGUGGACAUUGUUUCCAUGAGCUUUGUAUAUUAAAUCAUAUGUAAAUACAAAGAAAUGUUGGAAGAUGUUCUAUUUGUUUGGUUGAUAUUAAUAAGACUAAUUAUUAAUUGUUGUAGUAAUAAUCAACUUAAGAAUCUUUAAAUAUUCAAAGCCAAAUAUAAGAAAACUAAAGUAUGAUUGAUAAUAAUUUAUAAUGA